GAUCUGUUAGAAAACUAUACUUGAACGAGAACAACACUGGUUUUCACAUUUUGCAAUUUAUUUGAGAGUUUCACCGAUGAGGAGACAAAUAUUUGACAUUUAGUGCCUGAAAUAGCCUUUUGCCGUGUCAAGGUAUUAUAUCGAUUAUUUAGAAAUCGAAAAGAAACUUAGAAUAAUGAUAUUUCUCGUCAUUUUCGGAAUUAUUGGAAGUUAGGUGCCUGUGUUUACUUCAAUUCUUAUAAAUCCACCCAGUGCGAUGUGGCGGCCUGGUGGCCAAGUGAUUCAGAAUGCCUCGCAAAAAGUUGAAGGUAGCUGAGCCAUUGCAAGAUGCCCCUGCAUCUCAGCCACAACCAGCAACAAACUUGCCUACAACUCGGUCUUCUAUGAAUUCCUCAAACUCUGGGGCAACUCGGGCCAGUGGAGACAAGGCAAGCAUGGCAGAAAAGUUCAUCUCUUUGAUGGAGGAGAUGGUUGAAGAACUGGACAAGCUCAAGUUUGGUGAUCCAGUGAGUUAUAUCUACAAUCCUGUGGUGUAUGCAAAGGAGACGCACGACUGCUUCAUCAGAAAGUAUGGCAACUCGACCAAGUCGGUGCUCUUCCUGGGAAUGAAUCCUGGCCCAUUUGGGAUGGCACAAAAUGGGGUGCCAUUUGGAGAAACCAACUAUGUUAAAGACUGGAUGAAGAUUACAGGAAACGUUGGCAAACCACCAAAGGAACACCCCAAGCGAAUCAUUGUUGGACUUGAUUGCAACCGAAGUGAGGUCAGUGGACAGCGCUUCUGGAAACUGUGGCAGGAUUUGUGCGGCUCUCCGGAGAACUUCUUCAAGGAGUGUUUUGUGUACAACCACUGUCCUCUUGUGUUUAUGACGUCGACAAGCAAGAACGUCACCCCUCCGUCCAUGAAGGUGGAGAUGCGUAAUCCUCUGAUUGAAGUCUGUGAUGACUUCCUGUGUAGGCUGAUCAAACUGCUGGAGGUGAAGGUGGUGGUGGGGAUCGGGAAGUUUGCCGAGGAUAGAACCAAGAAGGCCUUGGACAAGGGAGGGGUGGAAGGGGUGAGGGUCGUUAGCAUGAUGCAUCCCAGCCCUAUCAACCCGGCUGCCAAUAAGGGAUGGCAAGCCAUCGCUGAAAAGACCUUGAAGGAUCUUGAUCUCAUGAAGUAUCUAAGUAAAUAGAGGCCAGUUUGCACUUAAUAUGAAAGUGGAUGUUGUCAGAAGUAAUAUUUUUGGCAGAUAUGUAUUUGUUUGAACAAAGAGGGAAAGUGUUUUGAGCUAUACCAGUAAAACCUCAAUACACGCAAGAUGAAAGAUGAAAUGUAUUAUUCAGGAUCUACCAGUAUAUUCAAUGGUGCCAAAUGACACUGCUAAAUGACCAACUCAAGUUAUGACUUUAUAUUUCAUGCAAUUUUUUUUGUAUUACUGUAUGUGUGAUUGACUGACUGGCAUCCAAAUUUGUUCGUCAUCGUUAUUACGAGUUAAAAUAAUUGUAAUUUGUGUGAACCAACUGUAUUGUGUACAUUCCUUAAGAAUUUAAAUCAUGAGAUCAUAUGUCGUGUAACAUAUUAAUAGUAGUAGAAAGAUUAGAAGUAUAGUAGUAGCUUUACUUUAGAUGUUGAUAUUGUUGCAUUACUUUUAUUUGUAAGAAGUCUUUAGCCUGAGAGCUGUACACAUACCUAUUUCAUUUAAACUGUAGCCUUAUCUCAAGCGUAGGCCUCAAUGUGUUAAAUUGUGGAGGCAAAUGUCAUCCGUUUUUAAGUGAACUGUGAGCUGCUUCAGAAUCUAUUGCAAACAGAUGAUAAUACCUCAGUCACAUUUUCCCUACGGCGCGUCGAAAACGGCCGUUUUAACAUUUUUUGUACCAGCUACAUACAGGUGGUUUGAAUAAAAAGGGAAUAAAACGGCUGUUUUCGCCAUACGGCCACCAUAGGGGAAAGGUGACUGCAGCAUAAGGCAGUAUUAUAUGCAAGGCAUUUUCUAAAAGUUUUUAUAACUAUUACUUUUCAUCUUGGCUUGCAACGUGCAAAGAGGAAUUACAUUUACAAUUACAAUUACAUCUCUGAAAUAUAAUGUUAUAAUAAUAAUAAUAAUACAUGAGAUUUGUAUAGCGCACUUUCCAUCUUGAUUAGAUGCUCAAGGUGCUUCAGAGCAGAACAACAACAAAAGCUAUUUACUUAUAAUACAUGUCUCAACAAUAUGUCUAUCAAAGAGCAGACCAAGAGCACUCUUAAACAGGUACAUGUAUGUCUUCAGGUUGCCCUUGAAGGUGGUUGCUGAAGUCUGGGUUUUCAAACUCUGUGGAAGAGAAUUCCACAGAUUAGGCCCUGCACGAGCAAAGGCCUGUUCCCCGCAUGAUUUAAUGGUAUCUUGUAAUAUAAACAACUUUGGUUGUAUUGUAUUGCUUGCCUUAGCAACUCAGUUCACCAAUGAUCUCUUUGUGGACUACAUUUGUUUAUUUGACUUGAAAGUUGGAACACAUAGAAAAUAAGCAUGCUCUGAUCAGAAAAAUUGCCCCCACUUAGCCAAUGCAUUUGAAUUGUAGAAGACUUUGUCAUACUUAACUGUGUCAGAUUUUAAUAUUUUGGGUCAUUAUAUCAUCACGGUAAAUAGAAUGUACAAAAGAACAAAUAACAAAAUAAGUAAACUUCAAAAUUAUUUUUGACAUCAUUUAAUGAAUAUUAUUUUUUUUUAAUUUUUGGCAAAUUCGGCUCCACAAAUAAUUAAAAAAUAAUAAUAUGGAAUGUUUUUAUAGUACUCUAAACCUGGGAAAGUGGGGGUGGGGGAGGGGGGGCACUCCACCAUUGACAUGGUAUGUUCCGGGAAUGGAUCAAAGGGGCCAGAGCAACCAAAAGAGAAUAAAAACAAGUGCUGGAAUUGUGCUCCAUCUCAUUUUGCUCAAAAAGAGAAAAUGCCAUUACAUGCAUUGGAAUCAAAAUUUUAGUGUACAAAUGGGGCACAUAUGAAGAGUGCUCGCCUCCCCCCCCCCCACCACUACCCCUUCUGGCUUUAUACAAAUAAAUAUAUUUCUUAUUUACAAGAGACUCCACAUUGUAAACAACCAUUUGUCUGUAAUACAAUUUUUUUUUCUCCACAUAGAGAAUAGACUAGUUUCAGGAGCAUAGUUGUUUGAUAGGUUAUGCACGACUCACUGGUGAAGCAUUCAUAUAACUGGGGCCCGUUUCAUAAAGGACUUGCAACUGUUGUAACUUUGCCAUUAUGGCAACUACCAUGGAAACCUUGAUUAUGAUUGGCUGCUGAGCCCUGUUACCAUAGUAAUGGCAAAGUUACAACAGUUGCAAGUCCUUUAUGAAACGGGCCCCUGAAGUGGGUAAUAUUACCCAAGGUUACCUACAUUACUUGGAAAACUAGUAUAUUUCAGAGACCUCUUUAAACCAAAGACACUAUUCUUUUACAUGUAAAUUCUACAGAUUUAUCUUCCACUGUAAUCAUGAAAUGUGUUAAUAAUUUACGAUUUUAAAGCAUUGAAGCAUAAAAUCCAUUUAUACAUCACUUGGACAAUCUCAAGGUAUUCAAUCAUGUGCAAAUACUGAUAAUUUUUGCCAAAGUGGAAUAUCAUCAUCAUUAAUAUCAAGGUGAAAAGUUUCAAGGUACAUAGAUAAGUACUGAUUAUUUUGUAUGAAAAAAAUGCAAAUAAAAAUCCCUCAAAACUCUUAAA